GGGAGCCAGCGAGCAGCGGGAGAGCAGAGCAGAGCGCGCCGCGGAGCCGGGGCGCCCUCACCGCGUGCGGAGCCCAGCCCAGCCUAACCCGCAAGAAGAAGAGCCGCGGAUUCGUCGCCGGACGCCACUCGCGGAUCCAGCACUCCCCGGCCUCUGCCGCCCGGACCCGUGGGGCGCCGGGCUCUUUCUGUGCGCCCCCCGCCAUGCGCGCCGGGCUCCGUGGGUCUCCUGAGCAGCCCCAGUGCGGUGGGCACGGGAGCCCAGGCCGGGGCACCUCUUCCUGAAGUAGUUGGGUGGCCGGUUCAGGGGGUCGCCACGUCGGGGGCGCGGCCCGGACCCGCGGAGUUGGCCCCCGAGCUCGGGGAGCGGGGCCACCCGCGCCGCCCCACCAUUACCUCCCCGGGAGGCAAGGAGGAGCUGGUGGCGGUUGCCUCCCGGCUGUGGCAGCGGCGGCGGCGCGCCUGCCUGGCGGCCGUCGGCGUACUCUUGGCCAUGGCGCUUGGGCUGCUCAUCGCCGUACCGCUGCUGCUGCAGGCGGCGCCCCCCGGAGCAGCGCACUACGAGAUGAUGGGCACCUGCCGCAUGAUCUGCGACCCAUACACCGCCGCACCCGGCGGGGGACCCGCGGGCGCCAAGGCGCCGCCGCCGGGACCCAGCACCGCCGCCCUGGAAGUCAUGCAGGACCUCAGCGCCAACCCUCCACCUCCCUUUAUCCAGGGACCCAAGGGUGACCCGGGGCGACCCGGCAAGCCAGGGCCGCGGGGUCCCCCUGGAGAGCCGGGUCCACCGGGACCCAGGGGUCCCCCGGGAGAGAAGGGCGACUCGGGACGACCAGGGCUGCCCGGGCUGCAGCUGACCACCGGAGCGGCCGGCGGCGUCGGAGUGGUAGGCGGCGGAGCCGGGGGCGGCGGCGACUCGGAGGGAGAAGUGACCAGCGCGCUGAGCGCCGCCUUCAGCGGUCCCAAGAUCGCCUUCUACGUGGGACUCAAGAGCCCCCAUGAGGGUUACGAGGUGCUCAAGUUCGACGACGUGGUCACCAAUCUCGGCAAUCACUACGACCCCACCACAGGCAAGUUCAGCUGCCAGGUUCGUGGCAUCUACUUCUUCACCUACCACAUCCUCAUGCGAGGCGGCGACGGCACCAGCAUGUGGGCGGACCUCUGCAAGAACGGGCAGGUUCGGGCCAGCGCCAUCGCGCAGGACGCGGACCAGAACUACGACUAUGCCAGUAACAGCGUGGUGCUGCACCUCGAUUCAGGGGACGAGGUGUACGUGAAGCUGGACGGCGGGAAGGCACACGGAGGCAAUAACAACAAGUACAGCACGUUCUCGGGCUUUCUUCUGUACCCGGAUUAGGGGCGCAGAGGGCGCGAGGUGGGGUAGCUUCAAGCCGCCCUGUCUCCACCCCAGCGCGCGGCUCUUAGGUGAGGGCCACUUUCCGCUUCAUGACACUUCCUGACAUCUCCGUUGGAAAAGACACACCCCUGCUGUCCUCUUUGCCCCGCUCCCAGUCUCAGUGUGGCUGCAACUUACCACCAUGCUGCAGGCGGUGCCCCUGGUUCCAGUGCCCAACCCGGGGAGGGAGAGGGGGACGCCCAAGCGGCGAGCUGAACGUGAACCCGAGCCCUCGCGGCAGUUGCGCUCAGACUUUGCAAAUGUGAUUGGACUGGACAGGCCGCGCCAGAGCCUGCCCUCUUUCAGACCCCCUCUUCCUCCUCCCAGUACCCCCAGGCCAAGGGCUCUAGGCCCAGGCCAGGGAGAUUGGCCAAAGUGAGCACCGGCUUCCUGGGGCCUCCUUCUUUGUGACCCGAAAUACUCGUGCAGAUUUUCCUGUCCAUCCACAGCAGAAUUUCAGCAAAGGAAAAUUCACCUUUCCACACCGCACUCACUUCCUACUCAGACCCACUGCGAUGCAUUAAAUUAUGUUUUUAGACUA